AUGCCUUCCAUCGAGGUCUUGCCAUCGUUGUGGACGUUAGUGUUCAGCGGCGUCAUCGUCUUGACCUGGGUGCUAUAUGCGGCAAUUUGUCGCCUAUAUCUCCAUUCGCUGGGCAAUGUACCCGGGCCGCGUCUUGCUGCUCUCACCUAUUGGUAUGAGUGCUACUAUGAUGCGCUGCUGCAAGGAAAGUACAUUUUCAGGCUCGAUGAAUUGCAUAAAGAGUAUGGUGCAGUCGUACGCGUCAACCCGAACGAAGUCCACAUCCAAGACUCCGACUUCUUCGACCAAUUCUACGGCUCAACACGAAAACUCGAUAAGGACAGCUAUUUCUAUCGCUUCACCGACUCACUAGACUCUGCUUUCGCAACGAAGUCGUGGUCUGUCCAUCGUCAACGACGGAAGGCGUUCAAUCGCUACUUCUCUCCGGCGGCCCUCAGUAGGAAGGAGCAGGAUGUUCGUGACUGCGCCUUGCAACUUUGCAAGCAACUCGAGUCCAAGCGUGGUUCCGGGAAACCUGUGUUCUUGGGUACUGCUUUUCGAGCACUUGCAGCCGAUGUGAUUAGCCAGUAUGCACUGGAUUCGUGCUUUGACGUCCUCAGGCAGAAGGAUUUCGGUCAGGACUUCACGAACCUCAACCGGACCCUGUCUUCUGUCACCAUGUACCAACGCCACUUCCCAUGGACCUUACCAGCCCUACUGGUCAUUCCAGACUGGUUUCAACGCCUCUCGGCAGGUUCCGCGAUGAUCAUGAUGUUGGACUUCCAGAAGAGUAAUCGUGCGAUCGCGGCACAGAUUGCUAAGGCGCCGAAGAGAAACGCGGAGCUCGAAGAUGGCAUCUUUCACGGAAUCUGCAACUCAGACCUGCCGACAAGCGACAAGACUGCUGAACGUCUGAUGCAAGAGACCAUGUCAUUCAUUGGCGCUGGCACGGAAACGACAGCCAGUUGCCUCGAACAUACGAUGUACUACGUGCUGGCUAAUCCUGCGAUUCACGACAGGCUCUCCCAAGAAUUGGCGGCUGCUGCUCAGUCAGGCGAUUUGACUUCAAACGAGACUCUCAAACAAUUGCCCUAUCUCGAGGCCUGCAUCAAGGAGGGCCUCCGGAUGGGCAACGAAGUAUCUGGUCGACUGCCACGUAUCGACCCAAAUGAUGCUGUCACCUACGGCAAGUAUGUCUUCCCUCCUGGCACGGUUAUCAGCAUGUCGAUCCGCGACAUGCAUCUGGACCCGAAGUGUCAUCCGGACCCACUCAGAUUCAAUCCUGAGCGCUUUUUGGAUCCGAAGCUACGCGAUCAGACUGAGAGGUACUUUGCGCCGUUCAAUAAGGGGUCCAGGUCAUGCGUGGGUCGAGAGCUGUCUUGGCUCGAGAUGAGAAUGACUUUGGCAUUGGUGGUACAUCGCUUUAAGUUGACGAUGGUCAACACCGAAGAGGUGGAUGUUAGCAUGGCCCAUGACUUCUUUGCGCCAUUUCAUCCGAAGGGAAGUCGCGGUCUGCAGGCACUUGUAGAUUGA